CAUACAAAAACUCCGCGAGCAAACAUGUCCAGAGAAACGCUAAGGGAACACGGUCGGUCGGGCGUGUCCUCACCUGAACUAAACGCACUCUUCCACUAUUUAGGCGAUGAGAGGUGCAUUUCGUAUCGCCGCUCCCAUCAUCUCCACUUUGAACGCCGGUGCGUUGCGUCUCUCUCGUACCCCACCUCCUCUGCUCCUCCUCGAACGAAGCCCUCGUUCGUCCUUCCACCGCCUUUUCUCGGGUUCUCUGCCAAUGGCGAAUCGCUCGCCGCCGCCUUCUACUUCCACAACGGCGUCAGAAACCCUCGAUUCCUCUUCCUCUUCUAUGGAGAAGCAGUUCGAGGGCUUUCGCGUCCAGCUCGAGGAGUCGGGGAACGUUCGGGAGCGGAUCCGCGCGGUGGUGAUGGAGAUGGAGGGCGCUGUCCGGCUGAUGCAUUCUAGUCUUCUUCUCGUCCACCACACCCGCCCAAACCCAGAGGUCUUGGAGAAGGCUAAAGUUCAGAUCGAAGUGCUCAAGGAUCUCUUCGGUGGGCUUGCUGAGAUCCUUCGUGAAUGCCCGGGACAGUAUUACAGGUACCAUGGUGAUUGGAGGAGCGAGACCCAGGCAGCAGUAUCACUCAUUGCGUUUCUGCACUGGUUGGAGACGGGCAAUCUUCUCGUUCAUGCGGAAGCUGAGAAGAAACUCGGAUUGGACAAUUCAGAAUUUGGUCUGGACAUUGAAGAUUAUCUUAUAGGAAUAUGUUUCAUGUCCAAUGAGUUGCCAAGAUAUGUGGUCAACCAAGUUACUGCUGGGGAUUAUGAUUGUCCAAAAAACGUGCUCAAGUUCUUAACCGAUCUCCAUUCUGCUUUUAGAAUGCUUAACCUACGAAAUGACUUUCUGCGCAAGAAGUUUGAUGGAAUGAAGUAUGACUUGAGAAAAGUUGAAGAGGUCUACUACGAUGUUAAGAUCAGAGGCCUCGGAUCUGGCGACACGAUGCAGGGGCAUGCCACCCAAGCUUAAUGGACUGGAGACAAUUUGGCUGCUCAAGGUAUAUAUAUAUAUAUAUAUAUAUAUAUAUAUCUACAGUUGCGUAGUUUGUUCCAUUUGAUACAUUAGGCAUAAAUCAUUGUAGCUGUUGCGCAUCUUUUCUUGGUUUUCUAGAUGUCGCUGACAUGUAGUAAUUCCGUGCUUCAAGUGUCUUUGGAUCCAAUCCACGAGGACUGGAAAAUGAAAGAGUAAGAACAGGUUAUCUAUAUACCUUCGUGGUGCUCUGGUAGCUACCAAUGAACAAUGUCAUUCAUUAUAUAGUCAGGAUCAAGUUUCUUAUGUCAA